AUGCCUCUAUCUGAAAAGCAAAUCGACGAAGUCAAGACCAAAGUUUAUUAUAGUGAAGUAGACACUCCCUUUAACAAAUAUUUAGAUAUUCUAGGAAACGCAACUAAAUUGACAGAGAGCAUUAUAAAUGGUAGAUUAUCCAAUGAUGAAAGUAAAGCUGAGGCUCUGACUAAAGAGAAUAUUUCAAAAUUAAAAGAAAGCGCACAGCUUCGAUUUUUGGGCCUGCAAUCCUCAAUCGAUACAAAGAAAGCAGCAGAUGAAAAUUGGGAAACAUGUCAACAAGAUACCCUGGCCAAAUUGGAAAACUUAGGAGCCAAAUUGCCUGAAUUAAAGAGUAUCCAUAGCAGGCUGCUUCUACGUAUUGGAAAAUUGCAAGGUCUUCACGAUUCCGUAAAAGUAAUCAACAGAGAGGUGGAAGGUUUAUCAGAAGGGCGUACAAGUCUCGUUGUAACACGCUCGGAAUGGGAGAAAGAGCUUGGUGGUGAUUUGGUUAAGUUUUUAAUAAAAAAGAAUUACUUGAAACUGGUUGAUUCGGAACUAGAAGGGGGCGGUACAGAAGAGAGAUAUCGUGUUUAUGAUGAUUUCUCUAAAGGCCCAAAAGAAUUAGAAAGUAUCAACACUUCCAUGAAGUUGGAUAUAGAUAAAGUGAAACAAGAAGUGUCAUCCUAUAAGGAGAAGUGGCUAAGGGAUGCAGAAAUAUUUGGAAAGAUUACAUCAAUUUUUAAGGAAGAACUUUUGAAAAGAGAUGGCUUACCCAUCGAGGGAGCAGGAGAAAAUAAUGAUGACGAUUAUGAAUCCGAUGAAGAUGAGGAAAGGAAAGAAAGAUUCAAAAGGCAAAGAUCGAUGGCGGAGAUGAACAGAAUACAGUCUAUGGAUGAAAAAGAGGAAAGCGGCCAUGAAUAUGAUGACCAGGACGAUGAAGAAAAUGAAGAUGAGGGUGAAGGUGAUAUGGAAAUGGACGUUGAGGAGUCAAAAGAAGAUACAGAAGUUGGUGGGGAAAGUAGCCAACAAGAAGAAAACGAUCGUCAGAGCAUUGGUGAAGAAACGACACGAGGUACCGAAGACUUUAUAGAAGACCAAGAUACGAUCAGUGAAGCGGUGGAGGCAGGAAACGACCAGCUGGCUGAGAAACGUGGCGGUAGUGGAAGUGAUUACAGUGCGUCUUCGUCUGUCGAAGAAGCAAAAUGA